CCCUCUGGGUCUUGGCCAUUGUGGGAGACAUCGACGCCGGUUUCCUCAGUACCUCUGGAUCUACUAUCCGGACCGUUCCCUGCUGAAGACUCGACGUCGGCAUCUGGGCUAUCCGCACCUCCACAGCCACCGUCGCCGACACCAUCAGCACCGCCAGCAACCACAGACAAGCCGCGGACAUCGCCCCGGAUACCAACGUCGAUUUGCCCCGCAUCACCCCCUGACCAAACCCCGCCUCUACCCCCAGCCCCCGAGCGCUCUGUCGCAGCUACCCAAGACAGAUCCCGCUCUCCAGCGUCGCCGACCCUAUUAGCGUUCUAUGAUGCAACGGCUGUAAAACAACAGCUCGAAUGCAGAGUAUGUACGCUUGAACGACGUCUUCAUCAGAGUGAAAUACAGUGUCGUCGUCUAGCCCGGCAAGCACGUCAAGCACGUAGAUACCGUCGUUUGGUGAGAAAUCUACGUGAAGAACUCAUCGUUAAGGACGUCACAAAUAAAGCUCUGGUGUCAGAAGUUCUGAGGCUCCUAAAACGUCAAGGACCUGGUGGUAACAGACGUCGUGGACUGAUCUGACUGAAGUUCAACCACAACAGUGAGUCACCCUCUCUAAAAGUGGAAAAAAAUGGAAACGCCGGGCCAAAAAAAACGCGGUGCCACUUCCCCUACUUGCAUCACCAGACAGCAGGAGAAGGAGAACCUUGGCAACCUCAACGACCGGCUGGCCAUCGAUAUUGAUAAGGUGCGCUCCCGGGAGGCAGAGAACCCCGGGCUACGACUGCGCAUCACAGAGUCCGAGUCUCUGGUCAGCCGCGACCUGAGCGGGAUCAAGUCCGCCUACGAGACUGAGCUGGCCAAUGCCCGCAGUGAGCGGGCCCGCCUGCAGCUGGAUCUCAGCAAGCUGAGGGAGGAGCACAAGGAGCUGAAGGCCAGUUUGCUGAUGACACAACCGUGGUGGGCCUCAUCAGGAACGACGACGAAUCCAACUACCGGAGCGAGGUGCACCGCCUGGUCCAGUGGUGCGAUGACAACAACCUUCGCCUGAACGUGGAGAAGACCAAGGAGAUGGUGGUGGACUUCAGGAGACGACCUGUCCUGCAUCCCCCGCUUCUCAUCGCUGGUGCUGCAGUGGAGCAGGUCACCAGCACCAAGUUCCUGGGUGUUCACAUUUCCCAGGACCUGACCUGGAACACCAACACCACGGCACUGGCCAAGAAAGCCCAGCAGCGCCUGUACUUCCUGCGGAAGCUGAAGAGAGCCGGAGUUCCGUCCCCCAUCAUGUGCACCUUCUACAGAGGCACGAUUGAGAGCGUUCUGACCAGCUGCAUCACAGUGUGGUUCGUCUCUUGUACCAUCGCCUGCCGC